UCCACACAACUGAAUAUAAUCUCACAUUAUGAGCUUUGAGCUGGAAUAUAUGGCAGUGUGGACUUAGAUAACCCAGUUCAAAGGAGAUGUUGUGGGAUUUUAUGCCUUGAUAUUCUGGGUCAUAUGGUUGUGUGGAACAGCCCUUAGUAUGAGGUUAUGGGAAAUUAUUUCCUGAUUCUUUAAACUUUUUUUUUUACUAUUUUUAUGUUUUCUCCAAUGAAGCUUCAUGUUUCUGUAUUAACACUUACUGGACUAAUGUGAUAUGGCACAACACUUUGUAUUACUUUAACACUACGCUAAGGGCUGAUAAGCUGUGGUAAAAGAAAAGUAGUUAAAGAGGGAAUCAUAAGUAUGUACUACGCUGAAUUUUUGUUUGUUUUUUUAAAAUAACAAAACAUGCUAGUCCCUUGGGAUUUGUUGGCUUCCUUUUUUCAUUAUGUUUAUCAAGCAUAAAAACAUUUUCCUUUUCAGCUGGUUCUACAAUAUCCUAUGAGUUUCAUUAAAACUGAAAUGUAACAAAUGACGUCAAGAAACACCAAUUCUCAGAAACACAACAUUUUCCAGCAAUAGACAAAGUAGGUCUGAACAGCUGGCAUUUUUGCUCAGAGCUGACUAAUGGCUUCAUCUACGUAAACUCAAAUCAUUCUUCCUGCCAGCUCCCAUCUGAAGGGUUAGUAUCCAGAACCAACUGUGUUCUCAUUACUGCAUUUAUUAUACAUCGGUUUAUAUCUAACAUAAGGAAACACAUCAGGGAGACAAACAGCCAUUUAUAUUGGUGUUAGUAUUGCCCUCAUUCAAUUAUCUAGCGUCUCCAAGAUCUAUGUGCUGAGAUCCUGUGGAUAAGCUUCCUUGCAGUACUACAAAACCACCCAGUAUAUUAUGUUCAAUGGAAUUUGCAGUGCAGCCUGUAAGAAUUAGAGGCAUUUAUGAAACACUAUGCCAAGGCAUGGUUGGGAAAAAGGAAAAGUUCAGUGCCAUUUCAUCAAUCAUGUGAGGAUCAGGAUAACAUAUAUGUCAGGGUUGAGUACCUUGUGGCCAUCCAAGUGUUGUCAGACUCCUGUUUUCAUUAGUCUCAUAAAGCCUGAGUAGUUAAAAUCUAGAGGGCCACGGUUCCCCAACAAUGUUUCAUCCCAAUUCUGCACCACAUGGAGGAAACAAAGACACAUGACAAUGCUCACUUACUACAGAGAAACUAUUUAGCAUACAUCAGAAAUUAUAGAACCAUAGAGUUGGAAGCAAUCACAAGGGUAAUCUAGUCCAAUGCUCUGUCAUGCAGGAAUACACAAUCAAAGAACUCCUGAUAGAUGGUCAUUCAGCCACUGUUUAAAAUCCUUCAAAGAAAAAUAUUCCACCACAUUCUGAAGCAGGGAUUCCACCAUCAAAUAGCUUUAUUAUUUAGGAGAAAUCUAUUUUCCUGUAGUUUGAAUCUACUGAUCCAUGUCAUUGUUUCUGGAUCAGAUCCCUAAACCACUUCUCAUAGGACAUGGUUUGUAGAACGUGAUUGAAACAACAUACAUGUGCAGUUACCACAACAUAUCAAAUAACUAUCAAAUGUUUUCUUUAGUGCAUGGAUUGUCCAUUUAGGAAAACCAUUCUAGUAACUUCCACAGGAGACUGGCUACCACAAAAUCUCAUUUUUCUAAAGUCCAAGUUGUGGUCAUUAUUCUUUGAAAAGUAUGUUUGGUAAGAAAAUGAACUACUACGCUACCAAAAGGAUGAGCACAAAUGUUUCUGUAUAACUAAUCUGUACUGAAAAUAGUGUCAGUUAGCCAAAUCAAGUGUUGAGUAAGUGAAAUCUCUUGAGGAAAGAAACUGGGAGUAGGGGGAAGGAUAUCUGCCAACGCAAAAUACUUUUGAGUCCUAUACUGGAAGAAAGAUGGGGCAUCAUUCAAAUAACUAAAUACAUAAAUACAUAAUCCAUCAAUGAACAGAAAUUUGGUUCCCAGCAAUGAAUUCUGGAAUAGCAGAGAUGUAUAAUUUCCAAAGAAUUCUAAAAGCAUGACUACCGAAACUAUGAAGAAGGCAUGCCUUCCUGAGAACUCAACAAGAGUUCAACAAUCCAACCCCCAUGAAAACAGCCAUUUAGAACACAUCCACGAGUAUGAGAAAAGAAACACAGAGGAACUACUUUAGGAACUUGGGAACUUUUAAAGUUUCAUCUUCAGAUCAUUUCCUCUUUUUUGUCACUCACUGUUUAUAGCUGCCCCUCGUGGAUGAAUAAGAGAGCUAGCCAGCUGCAAUAUUUGACACUUAACCAGUACUUGGCAGCAGUAAGAGACACAACUAAUAACAUAUUCUUGAAGUCUAAUUUUGGAGCUAAAGUAGCAGUUCUAGGAUUUUUAAGUUAAGCUCUGCGAACACCAAGGAACAUUAUUCCUCCAUGAAUAUGAAAUUGAAUCUGAAUGUUUCUUAGAAACCUGGAAUGCAACAAGACUUUGUAUACUGAGAAGGCAUUUUGACUGUCUCAUCACCCUAGUGGGAAUAAAUUAUUUUAGAAAAAGAUGCUGCUGUGUUCGGCGUUAAGAAAAGAUCCUGUUCUACUCAACCUCUAAUCUAAGCAUUGCUCCUUCUUGAACGCAGAGACCUACCCACUUUCUCAUGUUCCUUUCCAAAACAUCACUGACUAAGGGAAUCAUCAGAACAACAUGCAAAUUCAAGGUUAAAAGGAAGUGAAAGUGUACUAGAAAUGCUCAACUCAAGUACCACUUCAGGAAACCACUGCAAUUACAGCAAGAAAUUCAUAAAAGAAGCUCUUCCAUGGGCAUAUGGUUUCAUCUUUAUAGUAGGAAUCCUAUUAAAUGGAGCGGCAGCCUGGGUUUUUCUACAUAUUCCAAGCAAGACCAGCUUUAUUGUCUAUCUGAAGAACAUUGUUAUUGCUGACCUCAUCAUUAUCUUAACGUUCCCCUUCAAGAUUUUUGCUGAUUCAGAGAUUGGACCAUGGCAGCUCAAAGUUGUUGUCUGCCGUUUCUCUGCUGUUGUUUUUUACCUAAAUUUGUACAUCAGUAUAACCUUGUUUGGACUCAUAGGCUUUGACAGAUGUUACAAAGUUGUGAAUUCACAAUUCAUCAGCUCUGCUCACACAGUUCGUUGCAGCAAAAUUGCUUGUGUUAUCAUGUGGGCACUACAUAUGCUUAUAUCACUUCCUAAUAGUAUUCUUACAGAUAAAACUGCUACCAAAGAAAAUUCAGGAAAAUGUAUGAGCCUCAAAAACACUCUUGGAGUCCAAUGGCACAAGGCUUCGAACUACACAUGCCUAGCGAUUUUUUGGAUUGUGUUCCUCCUCUUAAUAAUCUUCUACAGUUCUAUAUCAAGGAAAAUAUAUUUUUCCCACAAAAAAUUCAAGAAAAAUUCCAAGUCAGCCAAGAAAAAAACCAACAGAAACAUUUUCAUCAUCAUGCUUGUAUUUAUUAUUUGUUUUGUUCCCUAUCACAUUGCCAGGAUCCCCUACACAUUAAGCCAAGGUUCAUCACCGUACAGCUGUGAAACAGAAAAGGUUCUGUUUUACAUCAAAGAACUGACUCUCCUCCUCUCAGCUGCAAAUGUUUGCCUUGAUCCUAUUAUUUAUGUAUUCCUUUGCCAACCUUUCAAGCAAAGACUGUACCAAAAACUGCAGCUCAAAAUGAAGAUAUCCGAGGAAUUAGAAAACUCUAGAUCAAGAAAGUCAAAUGCAAUUGGCGAAACAAUUGUUAUUUCAUAAAUUCUUAUAGUGGACUACGUAUAAUAUGCUGAGGAGAUGAGCACAUGGUUAGAUCUGAGAAUGAUUUAAAAGAAACCAGUUCAAUAAUGCUGGUACACUGAAGUUGGAUUUAAGAUAUAUUAUUAUGGUACAAAUGCUUACAUUCACUUCUGAGCUCACUGUACUAUCUUGCUACCAAGUACCCACCAACUAUCCUCUUCCCAUUGUCUGUUCCUUACAAGCACUGCACAAUUCCUCAGAGUUUACACAAGUAAAAUAAGGCGGGCCAAUGCCAUAACAUCUUUUGCAACAUUGUGUCUAUUAUUUGUCUUUAAUGCUGCAUUUUGAUAGCCCCUAUUUCUGUUGACUUCAGGCCUAUACAAAUUAUGUCAAUUCGUAAUGAACACUAUUUUCCCCAAGUCAGCUCCUAUUGGGCAAGUUUUUCAGGCUUGUUCCUUUUACCAAAAUCAUUUUACAUCUACUGCAGAUUCCCUCUCUAGUUUACACUCCAACUCAUCUUCCAGCAUUCCUUUCUAUCUUACUACACUUAUCCAUCUGUGAAUUUUUACUUGCCUGCAUUCACCUUUUCUUUCUGUCUCAUCGGACCCUUCAUCUAUCCUGAUCUCCACCCAUUAAAUGUCAAAUAGCCCCAUAGUAUCUCUUUCGAAUACUGCAAUGUGUUCAAAUUUGGCACCAUCAUUUUCAUAUCCCCAUGUCUUGUUCCUUUCAGAUUUUCCAUUUCUUUGUAUCUAACAUAGUUCUCACUUUACUUUAAAGCAUUGCAAUGUCUGCUCUGUAAAGCCUUCUAAACGUUUUAGCACAUAUUCAGCUUACAACGAACCCUUCCCCCUUCCUUUUUCCAACUUCAUUUUCUAUCAUAUUGCUAACAUACAACUCUUCACUCUAUAUUUGGCAAAGCUAUCUUCACUUUCUUGGCGCCCGUUUUCCUGAAACUGUUCUCCCACAAUUUCAGCCAAUUUUUAAAUAUGUAGCAAAGACGUGUGUGUUUGCAUACUCAAUGUAUUCGUAAAAUAGACUGUGAUGCUCUUAUUAGAGAGUAGACCUUCUAAUAUAAAAAAGUGCUCCUUCUCUUAUGAAACCCUGCACCCAUAUAGCAUGUUUAAUAACCCAUGUUGGUCUUGAUGCAGUCCCUACCAGCUGCGCUGCCCAGCUUAAAGUAUUUCAUACAUCCAUAUUAGAGAUUGAAAUGUAUUACUUUUUGGACAAUUCUCAGAAUCUCUCAAUCAACAUGACUAGUUAAAAUCCAAGUAAGUGGUGUGCAAACAGGAUGCAAUAGAUUCAUUUGCUGAUACUGGAACCAGUGAAAUACUACUACUGUAAAUAAAUGUCAUACUUGAUAUGAGUGGCUUAUUUACUUAUAAUUAGAUGCAAUGAGCUCCAAAGAACUACUUUUGACUAGUGAGCCCAAGAAGUCAUGCCUAUCCAAUGCCAUUUUUCUUGCCCUUUAAAAAUUGUAUUGCCAAUUACUUUUGAUAUCAUCCUCUGCUUAACAAAUGAUCCUGUUUCACAGGUGGAAAGGGAAUGCUGUUGUAAAAUUAGAAGUCCAAGCUCACUUGAUUGUAUCAAAAAAAUUGCACAGUUCUUUGGAUUGUGUCAAACAUUAAUAUAAAACAGGGCAUUUGUGAUCUUUGUUUAUCUGUAUCAUGUCAAAUUCUAACAGUCAGUUCUGCCUAGUUUCCACAGUGCAACAUAUCUAAACCAAGACAAACAGCCGCAGCUGCCCUAAUUGACUUUUAUAUUGAUAUUCUGGAUUAACUGAAUUGUUUUCUUGAGUUCCUAGAUUUUUGUGAAUAUAUUUGUAUUUAAAACUCAUAUAGACAAGAACAUGUACUUUAGUUUGUAUAAAAAUAAACACCUUUAUUUUUCAA